CCCCGUCGCUCUUCUCUCUCUGUCUCCGUAAUCAAUCAGCCAUGGCGGUUUCUAUCUUUACACCUCCAAAACCUCCCUCUCUCUCUACCUCGAUUCCGCCUUCUUAACGACUCGCCUCCACUUCUCUUCGCCUUCGGUGUAUGUAACUCGAUUCCAAUGGCGAUUGUGACGGGAGAUCGCUACGUUGAGAAGCUACAGAAGUUUCUAGAAGAAGAAACCGAGUCGCUUCUCGAGGAAACCAUGGUUCUCAAGCUCAAUCCAGCUGGUCUUCACUAUAUUCACCUCCGCCUCGAGUCUCUCCGUGAGCUCGAGCGCAUGCUCUCCGGCGCUCCUGUUGACUACCUUCGCGCUUACGUGUCCGACCUCGGAGACUACCGCGCUCUCGAGCAGCUCCGUCGUAUACUCCGAAUCCUCACUUCGGUUAAGGUCGUUUCCACGCUUCCUUCCCCCGCUCGCGAUCCGACGCCGUUGUCUCUUAUUCCCUUUGGUAGGCUUAAGGUUUUGGAACUUCGUGGCUGUGAUUUGUCUACUUCUCCGGCUAAGGGCUUGCUCGAUCUCCGUCACACCUUGGAGAAGAUCAUCUGCCAUAACUCCACUGAUGCGUUGCGGCAUGUUUUCGCCAGUAGAAUUGCAGAGAUAACGAAUUCGCAAGAGUGGAACAAGUUGGCGGUUGUAUCAUGUUCUUGUAACCGUCUUGUGCUCAUGGAUGAGUCCUUGCAGCUUCUUUCAGCUGCUGAGUCGCUUGAUCUGAGUCGAAACAAGUUUGCGAAAGUGGAUAACCUUAGGAGAUGCACCAAACUGAAGCACCUUGAUCUUGGUUUUAAUCAUCUUAGAACAGUUUCUCACUUGAGUCAGGUAUCCUGUCAUCUUGUAAAGCUUGUUUUGAGGAACAACGCUCUAACUACGUUGCGUGGGAUUGAGAACUUGAAGUCACUCGAAGGCCUUGAUGUAUCCUACAAUAUUAUUUCAAAUUUUUUGGAACUGGAGUUGCUUUGGAGUCUUUCACUACUCAAAGAAUUGUGGCUGGAAGGGAAUCCAGUGUGCUGUGCUCGAUGGUACAGGGCACAUGUCUUCAGCUACAUUGCUAUUCCAGAUGGCCUGAAACUAGAUGGCAAACAGAUAGGAACUAGAGAAUUUUGGAAGAGGCAAAUCAUUGUAGCCCAUAGACAUAGUGAGCCUGCCAGCUACGGAUUCUAUUAUCCAGCUAGAGAGGAAGGUAACGAAGAAGAAAGCUGUAAUAGAAAAAAGAAAAUGAUCUGCCGUCUCGCUUCUAUUGAUUGCGAGGAAGAGAGCACCUACGCGAAUUCUGACCAAGAGACUGUGUCAUGUGAUCACGAGAACAAAGACAAUAUAAAGUGUGAUCAAGAUGCUGACAUAUUUGGUCUUAUAAGGAAAGUUGAAAACCUGAAGAAAGAACGUUCUGUUCUAUGGCUACGAGAGUUCAAGGAAUGGAUGGAUCAUUCAUCAGAGGAUUUUGCAGAUGUCAGCAAAGACAGCUUGGGUAUCAAUAUGGAAAAGUACUGUUCAAACGCAAGAGGAAUUUCAAGGCAGCAUAGUGGAACACGAAGAUACUCGUCCAGCUCUUUACGAGCUUCAAGAGAUAAGGGCCAUAGGAAAAAUUUAGAAUGCAAUGGUUCAUCUGUGGAUCACAAAACCGGUAUGGAUGAUAUGAAGUACGUUGAAGGUAAUGAGACACAGACUAUGACUAGUGACAUCUCUUCGUUAGGCCUUCAAGCUACAAAUCAAAGUCAGGAAUUUGCAUCGGUUGAACCAAACAACCUGUUUUCUACAGCCCCUUCCGGGGAGAAGUUAGCUGAAAAUGGAAAUGCGUCAACAUUGGAUAUAGGCCAGGAUAUAAUGGGAUCAUUUUCAUCAACUUAUCCUGGGUCACCCCCUCAUUAUCAGAAAGAUGUCUUGCAUCGACGUCAGAAUUUGGUGGAAGAAAUCUUACAGCUGUCUGCAGAUUCUUAUUCAGUUGCAUCAUCUGAUAGCACAAGCAGCUGCAGUGAAGAUGAUAACUAUGACUCUGAGUCUGAGUAUUCGAACCAUGAAAACAGUCGGUUGACAGAUCUUCUUUAUGUGAAUAGACUGCGUGAGGAGAUUCCGGGGUGUGAACCCAAAGUAACAAGCUCUCUUGAUUCUCAACCGGAGAAUGGUAGUAGCAUAAUAGAAUCUUUGAGGACUGGUGGAUCGAUGAAGGAGAAUACCAGUAGUUCUCUUUCGGAAUUGCAUAAUGGUGAACAUAUUUGCCAUUUGGUUGAGACAAAGAAAAGCAUAAGGAAACCUAUAAAAAGAUAUGUUUCCUUUCAGAAAGAGGAAAGUUGUAUUACUAAUGCGGAGGCAUCUCUCAGCAGUGACGCAGAUAUCUGUUUUUCUGGUUCUGAUCAUUUGCAAGAAAGUUCUCUGUCAAUGAUGUGUAGUAGUAGUAAUAGCAAUAGUAGAUAUUUGGGGACUGACAGAACACAUGAAGGAAAAGGCGAUUCAGUAGAGGAAUAUUUUUCAGCAAAACUGGCAGAUUCCAGCUCUCAAGAAACUUGUAGGACGUACAUGAGCUGUGAUUUUAUACUACAGAAAGGUUCUACGUACAAGCAACGGGAAGCAGUGUUGCUGCUGAGCACCCUAAACAAGCUUUACGUGCUACUCGUGGGUGUGUCUGCGACUUAUCAAGGGAGCACCUUAAGUGUACUGUGUUCCCAUGAAAUCAGCGAGUUACAAGACGUUUCAGUUGGUCUAGGACUUCAGCUUGUGAGGCUACGCUUUUUUGAGGAUGCAGAAUACAUUUUUGUUACAAAGUGCAUUGAGAAGACAACAGACUUACUCAAUAUCAUACAAGUUUUUGAUUCUCAGGAUUCUAAAUGCUCUCUUGGAAGUCUAGAGAAUAUUCAGGUGGACUUGUUUGAGAAAGAAAUUUGUGGAGGAUUGAAGCUGAGUAUAUUCCAGUACAAUAUUCUUCAAUUUCAGAGCUGCACCCUUGGAGAAGCGUUGUGGCGUUGGCGGUCGCUAUUUGUGGCUGGUGGGCGUCUCUUUAUAUGCAAUGAAGACUUGGCACAACUUAGUUCUCAAAGAGCAUAUUCUUCUUCUGCUCCAUAUUUCUCGCUUGACUCGUGCUGUUCCAUUUCUGAUAUAUCUGAGACGAUCGUUCAAUCGCAAGGCAGGGUUGUGUCACUGAAGAUCAAAGAGACCAGAAGAGUGGAUUCAGUUAUAUGGAAGCUUAAGUGGUGCUGCACUGAGAAAGCACUCAAGUUUGUGACUUUGGUCAAAGCUCUUCACCCUGAUUCGGCACAGUGUCCGUUGGCUGUAAGCUACAGAAGGUAAGUCUUCGUUUGCUGUUUUUUUGUUUAGUUUUACAGGUCACUUUUCUGUGUAAUUAUGUAUAUAGCACCCACGUACGUUGUUCAUAUUCAUUUGAUUCAAUUUGUUAAUGCGUUAAAAUCAUCGA